AUGGAUCUGCUAAUGCUCGUAUCGAGUGUUUUCCGCUCUGACGUCUCGAUAUCCCCGGCCCAGGCGACGUGGUUCGGGGUAGCUGCUGCAGUGGCCGUUGUUGGCGCAACAACCUUGGUUCUCUCAUCCAUUGGCAAGCCCGAGGUGAAAGGCAAGUCCACCACAGAGCUCAGCGGAGGAAAGUUGAAGAAGGAUGAAGUGGCUAACGGCUGGACUAACUACGACAGAUACUUCCAACAAAAUCCUGGCGAAGGAGUCACCGAAAAGAGCCAAGCUCCUCAAUUUGUCGACACAUUUUACAAUCUCGUGACCGACAUUUACGAAUGGGGGUGGGGACAGAGCUUCCAUUUCUCGCCUGCUCUCCCCGGGAAGUCAGAUAGGGAGGCGACGAUCGCUCAUGAGGAGUACAUUGCGACUAUAUUGAAGCUUAAGCCUGGAAUGAAGGUUCUGGACGCGGGAUGCGGAGUCGGCGGACCAAUGCGCGCGAUCGCGGCCAAGUCCGGAGCGAAUGUAACUGGUGUUACUAUUAACGAGUAUCAAGUGGAGCGUGCUCAGCAGCACAAUGCCCGGAGAGGCUUGGACAAGCUGUGCACGGUGGUCCAAGGCAACUUUCUUGAGCUGCCGUUUGAGGAUAACAGCUUUGAUGCUGCUUAUUCUAUCGAGGCUACCUGCCAUGCUCCGAAGCUGACGGACGUUUACGGCGAGAUCUUCCGCGUGCUGAAGCCCGGCCAGCUGUACGCGACGUACGAGUGGGUGAAGACGCACAAGUACGACCCAGACAACAAGGAGCACGUUAAGAUUAUUGACGACAUCUGCUACGGGAACGCGCUUCCGGAGCUUCGAUCUUACAAGGAGAUCGUGGAAGCAGCUGAAGCGGUGGGGUUCGAAGUUAUUGACAACAGGGAUGUCGCAGCUCCUCCUGCUCUCCCCUGGUGGACGCGCCUCAAGAUCGGCCGUAUCGCGUAUGCUCGCAAUCACCUGCUCGUGAAGAUCGUGUCGAUGCUCAACAUUGCUCCCAAGGGACUGUCCUUCGCCUCCUAUACCCGAAACCCCGAACCCUUCGCCCCUUCUCCUGUUCCCCGCCCGCCUACUGCACCAUUUCCCUCCCCCUCCCCCUUCACCAAUCCGCUCGCCCUUUCUCAAUCUCUCUACCCUCUUCAACUUCCCCCUUCUCCCCUCGUUAACCCCACCUCCCUCCUCCACCCCUCCUAUUCCCUCUCCACCCCUCCUCCACCCCUCCUCUUCCCUCUUCCACCCCUCGUCCACCCCUCGUCUUCCCUUCUCCACCCCUUAUCCCGUCCCCCUGUCUCAAAGCUCUUCAUUACUUCUCCAUUCAAUGCUGUUGCCCACACACUCUCUCCAACACUGCCUUCCUCGCAUCUCCUUCUCCAUUCCCUCACCUCGCGCGCCCCUCCUCCUCAUCUUCCUUUGUUUAUGACACUUCUCCCUUCCUUCCUCCUUUAG